CCUCGCCUUCGCCGCUGCGGGCAACGACGAACAAACAACUCCUACCGCCGCCGCCAACGAUGUCCCUCCCGCGAAGCAACUACGACCCGCGGCGCGUCUGCGUCAACCCCUUCCCCAACGUCUCCCUCGACAAGCACAAGCGCUCCAUCGGCGUCUACCUCGCCGGCGCCCUCUUCGCAUUCGCCUGCUGGACCUUCUGGGACGCCGCCAUCCUCUCGCGGCAUGCGCGUCCGCCUUCCGAUGAGCCCGCGUACGGCGUGCCCGUGCACGUCACCUUCGUCGACUGGGUCCCCGGGAUCUGUUCCGUGCUGGGCUUCAUCAUCGUCAACCUGAUCGACAAGGACCGCGUGCGGGGCGACGAUGCGUUCAGCGGGGACGGCGGCGCGGUGUGGCGCGCGCGGUUGUUCCUGUUCAUUGGGUUCGCGUUCAUGGCGGGCGGCUUGGCGGGCAGUAUUGCUCUGCAUGUUCUGAAGUAUUAUCUCCACGAGUACCCGGAGCAGUUCCUUUACUACGGGUACGCGAACAUGUCGCAGAACGUGUGUUUCAUGCUGUCGGCGGUGGUCCUCUGGCUCGCGCAGAGCAGCAGCUCGGAAUAUGAGUACAACUUAACCCUAUGAGAGGGGGUAAGUACGCGAGAGACCGUCAGGGGGUGGUUGUACGUCCUGUUUUCUGUACCCCAAUAAAUCACUGCCACCGAUGAAUAGAGGUGUGAUGGC